AUGCGCUUAGGAAGACUUACGCUGCUUGCUCUUGGAGCAGCGAGUGCAAAUGCAUUCCGGGAUACAUCUCCGUUCUUCCUAGCUUCUACGUCCGAGAUACUUGCUACUUCAUCAAAUAUCAAGGCCGCCACCGGUGUAUUGGAGGAUCUUAGUUCACAACUGAGCACCUGUCCAUCGGAUUACUAUGUUAUUGCGUCUCAGCCUGGUGUACACAGCAGCGAUUUCGCGACUCGCAAGUCCGCGCCCCGCCUGGGCGCAAAGCUGACCGGGAAGGACAAAGCAAUUCGAUCCAGUAUGAUUGUCAAGGAGGUUGCGGGUGUUUUGGAGGCAAAUCAGAUCCAGAGUAUUAUCGAAAAGGAAUGCGGGGCACAGUCUACUUUGAUCGAUGCAUCUGCGAGCUCUUAUCCUUCCGAGUUCGGGGCGGAACCUCGCAUCAUAUAUGUGGACUUUCCUAUGCUCUCGCUAGGAGCCGACCGAGCCCAGCAACUUUCAGACAACGAUGGCCUCCUUGCCGAUAUCAUUGACCGAAUCCCUUCUUCGAAGAAGUAUACGCUUCUCUACGUGACAUCGCCGAGGGAGUUUGAGGGAUCCGAGGGUGUCGUUUAUAAAGCCGAGGACAGUUACCAGGACCCUCUCCGCAUGGAGCUGAAGCGGGACUACUCAGCCCACGAAAGUCAAAGUACUCCUGCAUCUAACAAAUCUCUUUUCCGAGAGUACCAAUACCUUACCCCAGGUCUCUUUAUGGGAUUCCUUGCAGCCUUUUUCUUCCUGAUGAUCUUAUACGUUGGUAUUCGAGCUCUUACGAGCCUUGAAGUUCCCUAUGCGGCAUUUGAAAAGGAUACGUCUGCCAGCGUGCAGAAGAAACAGCAAUGA